CAGCUGACAUCCGGCGUAUUUCCGUCCAUUCGCCUCCGAUAUUUCAAGUCAACCGUAACGAAAUCCAUCCGUACUUGAAAAGUUCCCCAUGAAAAGCGCUCUGUGCUGACUCGUCAACUCAACUGAAUGCAAAAUUUGAUCGUAUUUAUCAGAUGCAGGGCUCUGGCCCCGUCUCCAGUACCUGAAGCACACCUGUCCUCACUGCUCCACGUCCACGGCCCUCCAUCCUGCUGAGCCAUGACCACGCAGACGGACAUUGAUAUGGUGCAUCUCCGCCUUAUUCUGGUCAGUGGCAAAACGCAAGACUUCACCUUCUCUCCAAAUGACUCGGCCACAGACAUCGCUAAGCAUGUGUUUGACAACUGGCCAGCAGGAUGGGAGGAAGAACAAGUGAGCAGUCCUGGUAUCUUGCGGCUCAUCUUCCAGGGACGCUUCCUUCAUGGCAACGUCACUCUGGGAGCUUUAAAGCUGCCACCAGGCCGGACGACUGUCAUGCACUUGGUUGCAAGGGAGACACUGCCGGAGCCCAACUCUCACGGUCAAAGGAACAGAGAAAAGACUACAGAGAGCAACUGCUGCCUCCUCCUGUAGAGCCACAGUGAUGCCCCCCUCCCCAACCAAAUUAUGGCUCACACAUCCAAACAUUAUGCACACACUCCAUCAUUUUCUGCUGCAGGUUUUUAUUUCAGCUGCAAAUGCUGGAGGUCCUUUAGCUAUUUUCUUAUGUUGAACUUUUUUUUUUUUUCAGGGGUGGUAGAUAAUAUUAUUUUCAGCCCCUAAGCUUUUCCUCUGUCAGCAUUUUUGUUUGUUCUUUUAAUUUGAAAAUCCAGCAGCCCCCUUUUCCGCUCCGUGGCUGAUCCGUUUCCUGGAGCUGUUUUAAAACUGUGUCAUAUGUGAUGAAAAAGAAAAAACCCUGGAACUCGUUUCUCUUCAUGGACACAGAAGUGCUCUAAAAAUUUGUGGAGUGAAACCCCCGUCCUGCUUGUCACACGGACAUCUCCCCGGUCUUACUCUAUAGUGUUAACCUUCUCGUUGCACUUAACAAGUUUAAUUCUGAAGUGUUAAUAGUGUUUCAUCCUCACGACCAUUAUGGCUUUUUUUUUUGGAUGCCGCUGCUUGGUUGAAGACGUGCCAUACUCCUCAUGGACAGUUCCUGCCUCCGUGACCGCCGGUGCUUUACGGCGUCAUCUGCUUCAGGAGAAAGACAGUUUGAACAUCUGCGGGUCCACCAGAAGCGGGAGCGGGGUAUCUCACGCAAAGAGGCUGUUCAGGGCAGGAGGAAGAGUGGCGUCUGUGCCAACCGCCCCCACAACUAUACCCUCAACAUGAUUCCUCUGUUGGAUAAAACAACAAAAAAAGGAAAUCUAGGCGGUGUUUCACCUCCUCAUCAUUUGGAUGCUGUUGUUUCUUUUCAUUUGCCUUUUAUCGUGGAACUCAGUAAUAUCAUUAUUAAUAUUGAAAUUUAAAUAUAUCAAUUUUUAUCUUGUGUAUAGGUAUUUGUUGAAUUCUAGUGAGGGUGAGUUUGUGUGCGAGUGUGUCUGAGGGUGUGUGAUGAGGACUAGUAAGGGCACGUGGUGAUUUAAGGUGAAAACGGCCGUGCUCUGGGAGCGUUGAUGGGCUGGGGUUUCUUCAGAAACAGUGGAAUAACCUUUCGAUUCCUUCCAUUGAGUGUCCUUUGUGUUCUUCGUCAAUCAGUGUCACUGCUUCAAAAGUUUAGCUUAAUGUAAAAACUAAAUGCAAUGUGGUCUACAUAAAUGCUUGUAUUAUAAAUUAAUAAAUCUUUACAUAACUUCUCUUCA